ACUCUCAACCUGUUAAAGACUGCAUUUAAUUUGAUUUUUGAAAGGUCUGGCAAUGAACUCUAGUACCCCUGGUCUGUUCAGUGUUCAAUGAUUUUCUGACAUGUGUUCGUUAAACCUCAUAUUUGCAAAUAAAACAUUGUGGGUGGAGGGGAGACUAGCCGGAACACCGCCAGUCUCCCGGAAGUAAAGAAGUAGAACUUCCGGGUAGCAGGUGUAUGUUGUUUUGCUGCGGGUCAAAUCAAUCAGGGACGAAUAUUCCUCCUGUCGUUAUUUUCCCAGGACGUGGGUGUGUUCAUGUUGAUACCCUGUGACAUCAUUUAGCCGGGUCUCGCUCACCGUCCUCCCGCAGUUCGCCCCGUACCGACCCUCUCAUGGCCUCCAGGCGGCCGGACAGCUUCGACGGGCUCGGCUACCGCAGCCGCGACGACCCGCUAUACGGAGCGAGCUACCCGGUCAGGAGCGCCGGAGGCCCCGCGGAGCUGCAGCACCACCACUGGGUCACCACGCCGCCGGACAUCCCUGGCAGCCGCAACCUGCACCACGGAGAGCGGACACCUCAGUAUGACGAACCGCUCGGAGAGCCCGGAGGUGCCGGAGGUCCCGGAGCCGGCUGGGAUGCUCCGCAACCGGGCGUACCGCCUGCUGAACAGCUUAAUCGAUUUGCAGGAUUUGGAAUCGGACUCGUGAGCCUCUUCACCGAGAACGUCCUGGCUCACCCCUGUAUCGUCUUCCGCAGACAGUGUCAGGUGAACUACCACGCCCGCUGUUACCACCUGACCCCAUUCAGCACUGUCGCUGUAAUGUACACCAUCACCAAGGCUCAGGGUCCGAAGGCUCUGUGGAAGGGGAUGGGCAGCACCUUCAUCGUUCACGGCAUCACCCUUGGAGCAGAGGGCAUCAUCAGCGAGUUCACACCAUUACCACGGGAGCUUCCUCACAGGUGGAGCUGGAAGCAGCUGGCGGGACAUCUCCUGCUCAAAGGGUUAACAGCCGUGGUGGCUCUUCCAUUUUACUGCGCCAGCCUCAUUGAGACUGUCCAGAGUGAGAUCGUCCGUGAUGACUCGUCGUCAGGGCUGCUGGAUUGUGUUCGUGAAGGUUUGACCCGGUUGUUGGGAGUCGGUGCUCCUCACAGCCGCCGCCUGCUCCCUCUCAGCUCUCUGCUGCUUCCUGCCGCGUUGCAUGCCAUCCUGCGGUACGCCAUUGCUGCCUCUGUUCAGCGGGUGGCCCUGUGGCUGCACCAGAGGGGCAGGAAGCAGCGGGUGGAGCCGUCUAACCCACUGGAUGCCUACUUCCCCGAGCUGGCAGCGGCAUGGGCGGGGUCUCUGGUGGCCGACAUUGCGCUGUUUCCUCUGGAGACGGCGCUGCACCGCCUCGGCCUGCAGGGCACACGUACCAUCAUCGACGCCACGGACGGUGUGGUCGCCACAGGGAACGGCGGCAGCCCGCUGGUCCUACCUGUCAACACGCAGUACGAUGGCUUCUCCGACUGCCUCCACCACAUCCGCCGCAAGGAGGGCACGGCCGGGUUCUACCGUGGCUUUGGAGCGCUGGUGGCACAGUACGCACUGCAUGGAGCGCUGCUGGCUGCAGCCAGGACGCUACUGAGGCUGCUGCUGCUGGAGGGCCGGGCCAGCUAGAGGUGUUACCAUGGAGACGCAGCAUCACUUCGUGUACACAGGUCAUCUGCAAAAAUGAUUUCUGACACCGUGAAAACCAAACUAUCUCUGUUUCUCUUGACAACCAGGAUAACAUUAAAAAGAUUCAGUGAUGUGGUUAAAAUAAGUUGUAACAUGUCCUUAUAACAACAUAACGACAGGUUGUAACGUCCUUAUAACAACAUAACGACAGGGUGUAACAUGUCCUUAUAACAACAUAACGACAGGGUGUAAGAUGUCCUUAUAACAACAUAACGACAGGCUGUAACAUGUCCUUAUAACAACAUAACGACAGGUUGUAACAUGUCCUUAUAACAACAUAACGACAGGUUGUAACAUGUCCUUAUAACAACAUAACGACAGGUUGUAACAUGUCCUUAUAACAACAUAACGACAGGUUGUAACAUGUCCUUAUAACAACAUAACGACAGGCUGUAACAUGUCCUUAUAACAACAUAACGACAGGGUGUAACAUGUCCUUAUAACAACAUAACGACAGGGUGUAACAUGUCCUUAUAACAACAUAACGACAGGCUGUAACAUGUCCUUAUAACAACAUAACGACAGGGUGUAACAUGUCCUUAUAACAACAUAACGACAGGGUGUAAGAUGUCCUUAUAACAACAUAACGACAGGCUGUAACAUGUCCUUAUAACAACAUAACGACAGGUUGUAACAUGUCCUUAUAACAACAUAACAACAGGUUGUAAGAUGUCCUUAUAACAACAUAACGACAGGUUGUAACAUGUCCUUAUAACAACAUAACGACAGGGUGUAACAUGUCCUUAUAACAACAUAACGACAGGUUGUAACAUGUCCUUAUAACAACAUAACGACAGGGUAUAACAUGUCCUUAUAACAACAUAACGACAGGUUGUAACAUGUCCUUAUAACAACAUAACGACAGGUUGUAACAUGUCCUUAUAACAACUUAACGACAGGUUGUAACAUGUCCUUAUAACAACAUAACGACAGGUUGUAACAUGUCCUUAUAACAACAUAACGACAGGGUAUAACAUGGCAUAGCUACGACAUGCAACAUCCACAUGUUAAUAACAUGUUUAACACGUUAACACAUUAUGAUGACAUGUUAUAAUGUGUCAUUAUAACAUGUUAUAAUGGCAUGUUAAGAACAUGUAAUGACAUAACAUGUUGUUCUGACAUGUUGUAAUGAGAGUAGGCUGUGGUUGAGAGCGUUGUAACGAGAGUGUUGUGACGAGCAGCCUAUGGGUCAGAGCAUCGUAAGGAGAGCAGCCCAUGUGUUGUGAGGAGAAACAGCAGAUACAGGGUGGUGUGUCGUGCUGACAGCUAAUUGGUGUAAAAUAAGAAAAAAUAAUAGUUUAUAAAACAGUGAAACAUCUUUAAAUUUUUCCAAAAACAAUACAAAACGAUCUUCUCGUUGAUGUUGUGAUCAUGUGACUGUUUUCAUGUUUCCUGUCUGAAGUGUGUGUGUGUGUGUGUGUGUGUGUGUGUGUGUGAGUGAGCCAUAGAAAUGGGCAGAGCGACUGCCAUUUUUAUGUGGACAGUUGCUGCAGUGACCGUAGUCACUAAUGUCUCCGUAAACAAACAUACUGGAGGCAGGUCUUUAUCUGAUUUAUUUUCCUGUUCAAACCAAACACACGUUAUGUUGUUGCAGUACGACAAGGCGUCUGCUGUGCACUUUCUCUGUGCUGCAGACGGGAAGUGAGGACUACAUGAGGUUCCUCUGAGAUCCUCCUUGUGAAUUAAACUGGCCAUAGCAACCAGUGGAAAAGCUCUAGCAACUGCCAGGAGCCGACUCACACUUCAGCUCCUCUCAGCUCACACACGACUCACACUUCAGCUCCUCUCAGCUGUAGUUCAGUUGAUGUUUCAGUGGUUACAGUGUAAGUGCCAUUUCAGCCCUCAGUUACAACAUUCACACCACAUUUCCAGCAGUGCAAAACUCCAGGUCAUGUUUAGCUUAGCUUAGCACAAAGGCUGCAGGCAGGGGGAAACUGUCAGCCUAGCCUAGCACGGUAUGAAAGCAUGACCUCAUGACCCUGUGUUGAAAACAAUAUCCUUUUUGUGUUCAAAUACCGAAAGCUCAUUGGUCACCUAGCUGUUUAUAAAUCAGCACUCAUAUACACAUGUAUUGAUCAGCACUGAUAUAUCGAUGCGUUCCUACAGAGAAAAGUGAUAAAUCGUCAACAGCAGAAUUACAGAGCCACAUUUUAUUUGUAUAAAGUUGUAAAAAAAAAAAAAUGUAUGAAAAGAACUGUAGAUUUAGAUGAAAUUAUUUGUGACUGAUAUUUAUUAAAUCAAUAUUCAAACCAAAGGAGUGAAGAAUAAAUGGAUGGACUUUUCAGAAUGUGUGAACAUUUUUCAGGGUGAAAAUAAAACUGCUUCUUCAAAGUGUUUCAGUCUAAAUCACAGAAUCUGCACUUGUCGUAUUUUUGUUGUAAAUGUCACGUUUGCUGUCGUGCUGUAGAAAAAUCAAAUCUGAACUCUGCUGUAAAUUUGUCUUCCUGUGAAAUAAAAUGAGCUGCUCACUUCUGAGUAUA